AUGCAUUCCGACGACGAAACCCCUCCGCCGCGUGCGACCGAUCCGCUCCUAGGCCGCGCCGCUGCGCAGUCGCCAGAGCAGCAGCAGGCCGCCCAGGACGGCGACCACGAUGCGUCCGCUCACCGCGUGCGUCUCGAGCGCCGCCUCUACCUCUCGCACACGCUAUCCACGUGGAAUGCGCGGCUCUUUGAGUUUGGCGCUGUGCUGUUCCUCGCCUCCCUCUUCCCCACGACGCUGCUGCCCAUGUCCGUGUACGCACUGGCACGGGGGCUCGCCGCCGUGGCGCUCGCGCACCCGGUAGGCGCAUGGAUCGACCGCGGAGACCGCCUCGCCGUCGUACGCGCGUCGAUUGUGCUUCAGCGGCUGCCGGUCGCGGCAAGCUGCAGCAUCUUGUGGCUGCUCGAGCGGCGGAUGGCGACGUUGACACCGCGCAUCGUCGUGGGGUUGAUGGUGCUGCUGUGCGCGCUGGCGGGCGUAGAAAAGGUCGCGGCGAUGGCCAACACGAUUGCGGUGGAGCGCGAUUGGGUCGUGGUCGUGACGAGAGAGGACGAGGCGUGGCGACGAGUCAUUAAUGCGCGCAUGCGUCGGAUCGAUUUGCUUUGCAAACUGCUUGGGCCGCUGGCGAUAUCCAUCAUUGCAACUGUCUCGACUCGGUUUGCGAUUGGGGCUACGCUUGCGAUGAAUGUAGCAUCGGUAUUCUUUGAAUACGGCUGCAUUGCGAAUGUAUACAAAAGCGUACCAGCUUUGCAACACAACAACACGGCUCUUCCCCCGGUGCAGCAUGGGGCAUCGCCCUCUGUUGCUGCCCGCUUCAAGGCCUUUCUCGCAGGCAUUGUCCCCGUCGCAUCCUUUGCCGACUACUUUCGACACCCAGCGUUUCUCCCCUCCUUCUCACUUUCACUUCUGUACCUCACCGUCCUCUCUUUUUCUGGCCAGUUCAUCACCUUUCUGCUGUCCAUGGGCUUCACGCCGCUGCACGUCGGCAUCGCCCGCACUGGCAGCACUGUGAUUGAGCUUAGCGCCACAUGGGCGGCGCCGCGGCUCAUGAGCUACAUGGGCCCUGUCCGCGGCGGGAUUUGGAGCCUCAGCUGGCAGAUGAUUUGCCUGACGCUGGGGCUUGGCCUCUUUCUCCGCGACGGCCUCGGGUACGACGCCAGCCAUGCGUGGACGUCAGUCGCCGGUUUGAUUGUGUGCAUCGCACUGAGCCGGCUUGGUCUUUGGGGUUACGACCUCUGCGCGCAGACAAUUGUUCAAGAGGAAGUCGAGGACGGCAACCGGGGCGCAUUCUCAAGCGUCGAGGCGUCUUUCCAGAAUUUAUUCGAGCUGCUCUCCUUUGCGACCACGAUUGCAUUUCCGCGCCCAGAGCAGUUUCACUGGCCACUUGUCAUUAGCAUCGCAGCGGUAUACAUUGCGGGCGGGCUGGCAAACUUACUGUAUUGGGCAGAUCGCCAUCUUUCGGUGCAGUUUUUGUCUUUUGUUUCCACCAAGGCUCGUCUGGGAUUUACUUUCCGCUGGGCCCGGUUUGGCUCGGUCGGCAUUGCGAUUGGUUGCAGAAUUGUAUGGGCUAAGCUUUGGGCUUUGGUCGCCACCACAACUAAUGAUCGCCAGGAGGCACACUCCUUCACUGGACAUGUGCUCCUUUUAGCCGCUCCACAACCUAGCCCAUUUGAGUUGCUAUCGCUAGGCAAAUACAUGGCUCUCGGGCCUCCGGAAAAUAUGGUCGGCGAAGAGGGCCUGUCGGCUGGUUGGCCCUGCUACUUGACAUCAAACACGUACGGGAGCCCAGAGCGAAUCAACGACCACCCCAACCUCAAAGUCCUUCCCAAAGCAGCCCCAGUCGGACUGAGCAUACUGUGGUCCGCUGCUUUCCUCCUCGGCCUCGUCUCGACGUCGCUGGCCAAGCCCACCCAACAACGCCGUCCAGAUAAGAGCUGGGACUACAUUGUCAACGGUGCCGAGAUUGAACGCCGCGAGGAGCCCGCCAAUGCUAGCAUCGCCAACUACAGCCUUCGCGGCAAGAGCGUGGACCCUUCCUCUCUCGGCGUCGACAAGGUUAAGCAGUAUACCGGCUAUCUUGACGACAACGCCAAGGACAAGCACCUGUUCUACUGGUUCUUCGAGUCUCGCAAUGACCCUGCCAAGGACCCCGUCGUCCUCUGGCUCAGCGGCGGUCCGGGCUGCUCGUCCAUGACUGGUCUGUUCUUCGAGCUCGGCCCGGCCAAAAUCACCUCGAGCAUCAAGGUUGUCAACAAUCCCGACUCGUGGAACAACCGCGCCAACGUUCUUUUCCUAGACCAGCCCGUCGGCACGGGCUACUCGUACGGUCAGGAUGUCGACACCUCGUUAGCCGCCAGCAAGGACAUUUACGCUCUCCUCAAGCUCUUCUUCCAGCAGUUCCCGCAGUACGCCAAGCAGGACUUUCACAUUGCCGGCGAGUCGUACGCCGGACACUACAUCCCUGACGACGCCGCCGAAAUUCUCUCCCACUCCGACAGCGGCAUCAAUUUGAAGAGUAUCCUGAUUGGCAACGGCCUCACCGAUGCCUACAACCAGUACCCCCAGUACCCCGAAAUGGCCUGUGGUAACGGAGGGUACCCCGCCGUCGUCGGCCCGAACACCUGCACCCAGAUGCGCAACGCCAUUCCUCGCUGCCAGAGCGCCAUCAAGCGGUGCUACUCGACCCAGAAUGCCAACGACUGCACGUCCGCCUCGAGCGCCUGCAGAAGCGUCUCAGACCCCUACUACGCGACCGGUCAGAACCCGUACGACGUGCGCAAGCAGUGCGAGCCCAACUCGGGUGGCCUCUGCUACCAGGGCAUGAACUAUGUUGAAGAGUACUUGAAUCGCCAGGACGUCAUGGAGGCCCUCAACGUCGAGGUCGACAGCUUUUCGAACUGCAACGGCCAGGUCAACAACGACUUUCACAGCACCGGCGACGACAUGCUGCCCAUUCAGCGCAACGUCCCCAAGGUGCUGGCCAAGAGCGUCCCCGUGCUCGUCUACGCCGGCGAUGCCGACUACAUCUGCAACUGGCUCGGCCAGCGCGCCUGGACCCUUGCCCUCCCAUGGCCCGGCCAGGCCUCGUUCAAGGCGGCCCAAACCCAGAACCUCACCUACAAGGCUGGUGGCGGCAGCGCUUACGGCACCGUCCAGAGCGCCAAGGGGCUCGCUUUUGCCCGCAUCUUUGGUGCUGGUCACCUUGUUCCCAUGGAUGAGCCGAAGCCCAUCCUUGAUCUCGUCAACCGCUGGAUCCAUGACGGUGACUUUCAGCAUUGA